CUAGCGCACCGAGUUCGAUCAACGAUGAUGAUUAUGAAGAUGGAAGAGACGGCGAUUGUGUGGCCGCUGCUCCAGUCGGAUCUCCGGCCGAUCGAAGACGUUCUCGCGGAAUUCAACUCCAAGUUCCCUCGCCCUCGUCACUUCACUGUCUGCUCCUCUCUUUCCCUGCUCUUACAGGCAUUCCUCGAGUUAUCUUAUAUCAAUGCUCAUUUCGCUAUCCACUCAUUGUAUACUGGGAAUGAAUCAAAAGUGAUAAGAACUGUUUCAGGCGUGUACACACAUAGGCUAGGUUACAUUGUAAUUUCAGUUCUCAGAAUUGGGACUAAUCGAAAACGAGAUGUGGUUCUAUUUCAGGAUCUGAUGAUACUCCGGAGCACUGAUCGUCUAAUUGCAUUUGCUAUCAUGUACCAGUGUUACUCUUCCCAGAAACCAUCCGCCAACCCGUUUGUAUCUGAAAUGAUAAAUGCUGCUUGUAAUGAGCAAGCGGAAAAGUACGAGAGAGCGUUUCUACUCCACCUGUUACAAUGGAACAGUUACAACAACGCUAAAGAGAUUCUCAAACUGUCAGCUGUCGAUUACAUCAAAUCAUUUGAUCCUUCAACUCAUGAAUUUCCGGACCUAGGAGAGCUGCAACGAGAGUAUGGCAACAAAACCGAUUCUGGACCAUCGAGUCACAUUUUUGCAGAAUCUGCCCUCAAAACGCUAUUGCAUGAUCCUGAUGUUCCCCGUGGGUGCGAUCCUAACUCUCCAGAGUUUGAUGUGCAAUCUGGAGGGAAUUCCAAAAUUGGAUGUGGUGAUAGAGAUGAGGCCGUAGCUGGAAUAUUGGGAAGUUCGACAAAGGGGGGAUUAACUCCUAGGUGGAUCCGUCCAUGUCCUCCUAGAUACCCAGUUCAUCAGAGCGAGUUGCUUUGGAUUGAUCCUGAUAACAAGCAUGAGCUUGUUUGGGAUGAUAAAAUGUGUGCUGAUACUAGCAGAGGCGCGACAGUUAGAGACUUGCUUGUUAAGGGUUUAAAGGUGACACUUUCACCGACGGAGCAAGAGGACAUCACUUCGGAAUUGGCAAAUGAUCCAAAGCUUGUCUAUCACUGUGGAAUAACUCCACGGAAGCUGCCGCAAUUAGUAGAGCACAAUCCUCAAAUAGCAGUUGAGAUUCUCACCAAGUUGAUUAACUCCCCAGAGAUCGCUGACUAUUUUACAGCUCUUGUAAGUAUGGACAUGAGCCUGCACUCAAUGGAAGUUGUGAAUAGGCUCACAACUGCAGUUGAACUUCCCAAGGAAUUUAUACGCAUGUACAUCACUAAUUGCAUAUCGUCUUGUGAGAAUGCCAAGCAGCAAGACAAAUACAUGCAGAAUAGGCUUGUACGACUUGUUUGCGUCUUCUUGCAAAGUUUAAUUCGUAACAACAUCAUCGACGUGAAAGAUCUAUUCAUAGAAGUUCAAGCUUUCUGCAUUGACUUUUCACGGAUUCGAGAAGCAGCUGGUCUCUUCAGGCUCUUGAAAACAUUGGAAUGA